CAGUGGACAGUGGACUUUUAGUCUUAUCACAACGUUUCCAUUAUUUUUUUCAUUUUCAUUACCAAUCGUCACCAAGAAUUACUUGUCCGGAUAGAAAUAAAAUCAAAACCGAUUAUUCGGUUCAACCGAUCAACCGACAAUUCGCUGAUUUCAUCGAUUACGGAUUGAAUAAUGCGUUUGGGGUAUUUAUAAUCAUCGACUGAUGAUUAAAAUAAAAUAAUCUGCAUUCUCAUAAGAUUAAUUUGAAAAUGAGGAUUCAUCGAGAGAUAAUCGCCGAGUAGAAGCUGAAGGCACGAGUUGAAGAUUUCCAGCUAGACCGGAAGUCGCUUCGGCUGCUGAUAGUGCAAGAGUUGUUUUCCGGUUCAGCCCACACAUCUGUGGAUUUACUGACACUCCAAUCAUGUCUUCCGGUCUGCUCUUCCUCCUCCAAUUGCUGUUCAUCAUUUCGAUUUCCUCGGGAUUAUCAACGAGUGGGGAAUGGGAGAGCAUGACAGAAUUUAUAACAGAAGAACCUGAAGUCAGAGAGGAGACAGAAGAGGGAACAAUCGAUGGAAUAUCGAGUUCUUCAGAGAGCUCUCCAACAACGGAUUAUUCAUCAUUCAUUCCUUGGGACAUAACGAGCCUCGAAGAAGCCGAAGAUAUUUUGAUAACAGCUGUGAAGCAAAAGGAAACAUCGGAAUCUAUAACACCUCCUUCGAGCUCAGAGCCCUCAGUGACUCCUCCCUCGAUCGACAGCAAAGACUUCCUCUCAAAGAUCGAUCAAACCACCACCUCGAGUCACCAGGUCAUCACAAAUAUCAUAGAAAAGAACGCGAAAACCUUCGAGGGCACUGAACCACCAGAGCCCCCAUCGAUUCCAGAAUGCCAAGCCCCUGUUUCAUUGGAUUAUGGAGAUUACACUAGCUCUGAUUUUACCUGGACUGCUGACACCCCAGGGAAGACUUCAAGGAAUGGUACAGGGGAGGGAUGGAGUGACCCGGAUAUUAUCAACUCGACCGAGUCAUCCUUGACGGUGACCUGGAAGGCUCCAACCAGGAACAUCAGCGUUCUGUACUACGUAGUGGCGUGGUUUCGAAGUGGUGACCCCGAACACUCAUCUAAAUGUCGGAGUUCCAACGAAACAUUCAAUUACACCAUCACCAAUCUCCAGGUCUGCACGAAGUACACCGUAAAAUUGACAUCUUUCAUCGAGGGUGGGUCAGAGCAGCAACGAGUCAUCACCGCAACCACCAGAUUAAUUGUGGAAAAAGAUUCCCUGAAUCUCAAGGUAUCGGCAAAGGGCUCUGACUGGGUGAAAAUAGGAUGGAAUUUACCAAAUAUCGAGUGUGUCGAUAAGUACAUCGUUAGUCGGUGUAAUUCUGAUAAUUGCACAUUCGCCGAAAUAUCUGAAACUUCCUACAAUGCUACUGACUUAGUUCCUUGCAGAAAAUAUAAUUUCACUGUUUCUGUUCAUGGAUCCCCCGGAGAGUACGGUAGCACAAGUAUAGAUUCAGAAACUGAUUUUUUACAACCAGGAAAGCCCUCGCCAGCGUGGACAGAAGCAGGACAGCGGUCACUGAAGGUGUUUUGGACGUACCCCACGGGUUCGACCUGCGUGACCGCGUACAGAGUGAUCCUUGAUGAUAAUUCACAAUGGAAUCAAACGACCAUAGGAAAUGAAACGGAUUUUAAGAGUUUGCCAUCGUGCAGAGUGUACCAAGUGAGAAUCGUUCCAUUGACGAAUUUCAACGACAGUGACCCCGAGGUGAUCCAAUCGAAUCGAACCUUCCCAGCUGUCCUCAACCCACCAGGAUUGGGCCACGGUCUCAACACCACUAGCACUCGAAUAUCACUGACAUGGCGAGUUUAUACCAACGAGGACAAUAACUGCGAGAACACCACUUUAAUUACUCAGUGCAACUCCUCUGGAGUCCUGGGGCACGGGUACGAGGAGCGCAAUGGAACCACCGAGAACAUCAUCCCGAGUGGAACUAAAAGUGUCAUUCAGAGAGUUGACAUCGAAAAUUUGAGUCCAUUCACUCAGUACAGUUGUUACGCAUCUGCUGGGAAUUCCCAGGGGAUGAGUGGUGAGAGCGCAGACAUGUCCACUCCGACUAGCGAAGAAGUUCCUUCAGCUCCCGCGAAUUUCUCAUCGAGUGAUGAGACAGACACAGAAUUUAUGCUGAGUUGGAAAGCACCGCCAUAUCUACCUGGUACCCUAGUGGGUUUUGAAAUGGAGCUCAUCAUCUGGCCCCUGAACACAACAAGACCUUCGUGGUGCGAGGAUCAGAAGGAGACGAAUGAUAGAAUUACGAAAAUCGGUGAGAGCGUAUUCUCGUGGAGGUACGAAAAUGCCACUCCAUUUUCGAUGCACAAAACAAAGAUCAGGGCCCAAACCAACGCAGGAUGGGGUAAUUGGAGUGAAGAGAUUUUCGUGGGAACGAGACCUGGAGCCCCUGGGCCUGUUUCCCUCCUCAACUACUCGAUAAUUCCGAAUGUCCAUGACCCCGAUGUCAUGGACUUCACUCUGUCCUGGGGCCAGCCCUGCUCCAUCCAUGGCGAACGCAUCGAGUACUACAACGUUACAGCCAUCGGUGAGAGGAGGAAUUACGAGCCCCAUAAAUUCGAGGAACUAGUGCCUAUCAAUCCUCCCGAGUGUGUCAACGAAAUCUGCAGGAGAGUAAUGAAACUCAGAGAGGAAUAUACCUACACUUUCCACAUUGCUGGAAAGGGAAGGGGCUAUCCUAAACUUGGAGAACGAAAUUCUAUUACUGCAAUGUUUCCUGCAGGAAUCCCUCCACUUCCAUCAGCGAAUUACACCAGCCUGAUUACAAUUGAUCCUUACAAGGCCCGAAGAACAACAUCGACAGCUGCAAUUCUUCUCCCAGUGUUUCCUGAAACCUACGGUAAAAUCCACUGCUACGCGAUCAUCGUAGCCAAAUCCGGCUAUAACAACAUGACCCAUUCGAGAAUCAACCUUCUCAAUGGGGAAUGGCCCGAUACGCCCUCGUGGUCGGAGUCCAAGUCGGCUGAUUUCGAGAUACCUUAUCAGGCCGUCAAAUUCUGCGAUCACAAUCCAUCAUACAUUGUCGAUUAUGGUAACUUGAAAGCUGUGAAUUUCGUCCUGGGGGACGACACAGAGACCUGUCCGGAGCUCUCUUCAAACCACGGACAAAGAUCUUACUGCAAUGGGCCCUUGAAACCGGACACUUGGUACGACGUAAGGAUACGGGCCUUCACCAACGGCGGAUAUCAAGACUCAACAAUAUUCACAGUAAAAACAAAUGCUGAGAUGAGGGUGGCUGUAGUGAUUGGAACAAUAUUUGGGAUAUUGUUCCUGGGAAUUCUGACGACACUCAUGCUUCUGGUGCGCAAAUGUUCAAUUCAAGCGGUCUUGAGGCGAUUUCUCCACUCGGAUAUGCCAGGAUCUCCUGUACCUGCCCCAUUUACGAGACGAAAAUUCAUCACUCACUGUCAACAGCUUGCGGACAACCCGGGUAAACUCAGUAAUGAGUUUCAGUUACUCCAGACCCUCAGUGUUGACCUUCAGAUGCCGACAAACGCGGCAUGUCUCCAGGCGAAUAGAAAGAAAAAUCGUUACACCGAUAUUCUGCCAUAUGAUUUUUCCAGAGUUAAGUUAGAGCCAGUUGACACAGACCCCAACAGUGACUACAUAAAUGCGUCAUUUAUAAAAGGGUGCGGUGGUGAGGAGGAGUAUAUCGCAUGCCAGGGGCCCAAGGAGGAGACGACCUACGAUUUCUGGAGGAUGGUCAAUCAAUACGACGUCAAGCUUAUCGUCAUGCUUACGCAAUUGGUAGAAAAGAACAAAGAGAAAUGCCAUCAGUAUUUUCCUACCAUGAAAGAGACAUUUACCUACGAGAAUAUGAGCAUUAGGUGCACCACUGAGUUUGAUUAUAGGACGUAUACUCAGAGAACUCUAGUUUUGCAAAAGGAGAAUGAAAAGAGAACAAUUAUUCAUCUCCACUUCAAAGACUGGCCAGACCACGAUGUACCUGAGGACUUUGACCCGAUGAUCAAUUUCUGUCAAAUAAUUAGACGUUACAUAACGUCCACUCCUGGCCUUGCUGUGGUUCACUGCAGUGCUGGCAUUGGACGAACCGGAACUCUCAUUGCCAUUGACAUUCUUCUCCAGCACAUUAAGGAAAAUAGGAAGCUCGAUGUCUUUGGCACGGUUUAUAGACUGAGGCAUCAUAGGAUUAAUAUGGUCCAGAGAGAAAGUCAGUACGCAUAUAUUUAUAACUGCAUCAAACAAGUACUGAAGAACCCCUACUUCUCAAAAACCUAUAAACCUCCAUCAGUCGAUCCAAUAACCGUGAUAAACGGCAAGAAGAAGGAGCCAGCCAUAACGAAUCUAGUCAGCAGUCUCGAGACUCUGAGGAAGAGCAGUUUGUCGACAUCAGUGGAUUCAGCCGAGCAAAUCUUCCACUCGUCAUCCUCAACAUCAUCAAGUCCGAAAUCACGAAAUUGUUUGUCGUUGGGAGUCAAAUAUUCGAAAUCCACGUCAGCAAUUUGUUCAAAGCCAUUCAAUGAUCAAAUAGUGAGAUAUAACACGUUGGAUUUUCCUGUUCACGAUAUCGACAAGGAAGGAAAAUCCAGUGCCAGUAGUCUGCACGGCUCUGAUGACUCCAGUAAUUCAUUUUACGAGAAUCUUCAGCCAAUGAGUCGUUCGAAAUCUGCGCAUUUUAUCAGUGAAGAUCCAGCGGUGACUGAGAAACUGCUCGACACAUCACUCUAAGCCAGAACUGUUCAUCCGGCGAUUAAUUACCUCGAGAAUUAUUUUUUUACCUCUAGUGAUGGUCCAAAGCCACUUGGUCUUUCACAAUUGCACAAAUAAUAUAUCGAUUUCAUUAAAACUGUAAAUAUUACACUAGGAUAAUUACAAUAAGGAUCAAGUGCUCUUAAUCAACGAAUUCUUUCAUUCCGAUCUCAUGGUUAUAUUGUUUUAAUGGAAAACAUAAUUUAUGUACAAUAAAAGAGCUAAUAAUAAAAAAUCAGUAUCGAUA